UUUUUGCCAGUAUGGGAUGACAGUGGAAACAGAGCAGUAUAUAGUGAACUUACGCAACAGGGAGGAGAAGAAAGAAGACGGCAAACCUUGUGCAACAAGCGGGACAAUGAUUUUGUUUGAAAAAACUUUUAUUAAUACGCCAAACUUCACUCUCUUUGAAACAGAUAUUCAGCAAAACACGCAAGUUAUAGCCAUGUCGCGUUUGUCACGCUAAAGGGUUUUGCCGUCCUCUUUUUUCCACGUUCCUGUUGCGUAAACUCACUAGUAGGCAAUUGAGUCGAUAGCAUAUUUAUUCACUCUUUUAACGACCCGUAAAACGAUAACACUUCGUUUGAAAAUGUUUUCAAUAGGCUCCCACAGAAAUUGUUCAAACUUUACCAUAAUCGAGGCAGCCGGGGAAGGUACAAGCUCCCUUAAUUUCGCAAUUUCCGAAAAAAAUUUGAACAAUUCCGAUUUUAAUAAUACAUGGCUCUUCCCGACAGAUUUUUAUCAUUAUACGAGGCCUUGUCUAAUGUAAUGCGUUUUCGUUUAAAAACGCAUACAUUUCGAAGCGCCCCUUAUAAACACUUGUAAUAAAAGCAGUUAACUCAAGUAUGAUAUAAACUCUAAGCAACUAAAGAGAAUCCUUCUUUUGAGGGAGGGGCCUGGUGAUUAGUAAAAAUCAUUCCGCAAGACACCUGGGCCCAGUUUCUCGAAGCGUGGUUAGCGUUAACCAGCGUUUAAUACCUUGACAACGUAUUGGUUUUGAUACUGCUUAACCAAUGGUUAAAGCUAACCAUGCUUUGAGCAACUCAGCCCUGAAAUGUAAAGCUCUCCCGUCAAGGUUAAAAAAAUUGUUUCUAGGCACGAUUCUCUUUGGUAACAACCAACAGUCGUUUUUUCUUUCUAUCUGGCACGUUCGAACAGUUAUGUGUAAAUUAGUUUUCACACUCAUUGAUAACAUAAUAUGCGAAUAAAUCUAGACAAACUGUGCGGUUAGUGCUCCUGGUGUUAAGUUGUUGUAACAUUAGGGACGGACCAUUAGAAAAGUUAUGGGGGGGGGGGGGGAAUUUUCGAGCCGCAGGAAUUUUUUUUUCGUCAUCAAAUUCCUUGUAUGAAUUUUUUUUUAGGCUAUAGCAUGAACAUUUUCUUAGGAUUAAUUGGCGUGCAAGAAUUUUUUUUCAUUUAACUUUCCCUUGCGCGAAUUUUUUUUUUUUGUACUUCGCCCGCCCCCCCAUAAGUUUUCUAAUGGUCUGUCCCUAAUAAUUUGUAGUCUUUGCAGUAUAUCACACAUUUCACAGUGAAUGCACUGAACAACCCCUGAGCACGAACCGCACUGUUUGUGCAGAUUUAAGGAAUUUGUAUUAUGUUAAACAUGAACUGAAAUAACAAGUUCAUGUACGAUGUAUGAAGGUUGGCAAUAAAAACCUAAUUGACCUUCCGAAUUUUAAGUCUAAUGUACACAUAACUGUUCGUCCAGCCCGAUAGAAAGGAAAAGAAAAACAUAAUCCAUCUAUGACACCUUUGGCGAAUGACUCUAACAUUUCAGACAUUUGUAGCCUGUAAAUUGACUAUUAAUUAGCUGCUGCCGAAAAGUGUUGUGCAUAAAAAAUUGUUUUUCUGUAUAAGGAACGUUUUAAGCUUUUAUUCUAGAGCUUGAUGGGAGAGGUGUGUUUGGGGGAUGUUUUUUAUCAAUCACCUAGUCUCUCCGAAAUUUACAGUCGACUCCCGAUAACUCGAACCUUCACGGGAAAUCGAAAAAAGUUCGGGUUAUCGGGAGUUUGAAGCAAAUAACCGGAAGUAGGGAAAUAAGCAAAUGGAUGGGAAGGAAAGGCAAUUAAGCAGCAAAGUAUACAGGAAUGGACACUGAAUUUGAACUGGAGUGACAAAAAAGUAAAGACAAAGAAUAUAAUCGGUUGUUUUGAAAUAAAUUCAAUGUUUCGGACUUCAGAACACGGUUUGUUUCACGACUUGACACGCGCGUAUAACAUAGUUCGAGUUAUCGAGGGUAAAAUUGUAUAGAAAUGAGCUUAAGGGAAACAAAAAUUACUUCGAGUUAGCGGGAGGUUCGAGUUAUCGAGGGUUCGAGUUAGCGAGGGUAAAAUUACAGUAAAUAUAAGAAGGAAGUCCAGGAGAAAUCGACUUUGGUUCGAGUUAGCGCGAGGUUCGAGUUAGCGAGGGUUCGAGUUAUCGGGAGUCAACUGUACUCCUAGCGAACAGCUGAAGUUUUGUUUUCAGUGACAAACAUUAGAGAUAUUUAGAACAACUGAAAAUAAAUAAAUGCUGACUAUGAUUGUUUGUUCCUUUUUCGUGUUUAUGAACGAAAUAAAGGAAAAACUCGAAAAGUCAGCAAAAGACUAAGUGUGCGGAAAAUUUACACAAACACGCAACACUGCAACCGAGUGGACGUUAGGUUGACCUUCUGAAGAUCCUUGGUGUUCAUAUCGGCGAUAAAUUGCCCUCCACCUAGCAAAUGUUUUAAAGAAGGUCUAUACCAAGGUUGGAGCUCUGAGACGACGUA